CGUGACGUAUGCGGAUGCUAUGUUGUAAACAUUCCUGUGCGAACGUAAGCAAUAUAAUUGCUCCCUUCUUCGUCGACAGAAACACUUAAGGAGACGUAUUUACGAGUAAAUUUCGUGAAAAGACUGCAGAAAAGGCUGCAGCAGAACAUGUCGAAGAAACACGCCAAGCCAACGCGAGGCAACAAGAAGAAUGAACUGGAGCGAAAGAGGGACGAACGGGCGGCACGAAGGGCCAUCGCCAAGGACCGCAAGAACCGUCCUCAGGAUGGCGACGAAGGAGCCGAGUUCAUCAACUUCUCUAAUCAGCUGCAGGCGCUGGGACUGAAGCUGAGGGAAGUCCCCGGUGAUGGGAACUGCCUGUUCAGAGCUCUUGGAGACCAAUUGGAGGGACACUCCAGAUCUCACCUGCAGCUCCGUCAGGAAACCGUCCAGUACAUGAUGUCCCACAGACAAGACUUUGAACCCUUUGUUGAGGACGACAUUCCCUUCGCGCAGCAUUUAUCCAACCUCGCACAGCCUGGAACGUUUGCAGGCAAUGACGCUAUAGUGGCUUUUGCCCGCAGUCAGCAGGUGAAAGUGGUCAUUCAUCAGCUUAACACACCACUUUGGGAGAUUAACGGCACAGAUAAACAUGUGUGCAGAGAGUUGCACAUUGCCUACCGCUAUGGGGAUCAUUACGACAGCGUGAGGCGCAUUGGCGACAACUCCGAGAGCCCUGUUCAGCUCCGCAUUCAGAAUCUGCAGAACUCACAGGGCCAGCAACGGGAAUUCGGGGACGGCCAGAGGGACCGACAAGAAAAACAUUCGCCAGCAGGGUCAGAAGACGACAACGUAAUACUAAGCUCCAUCAGGAACCGAGGGAUGCCGGGUGAUGAGGAGAACCUGCUCCAGCUGAGUGCAGCCACCAUUAACUCAGAAUGGCUUGUAGGUUCGACGCUGAACCUGUCCUGCCAGGGUGACUGCGGCCCUGGAUCCUACUCAGCCUGCACAGAUGUAACUUCACAAAGCAGUCAGCACAAACUAGCAGCAGACAGCAGCAACAUAAAUAAACCUAAGGUGUCCAACAAGCAGAGGAAAGAACAGCAGCGGCAAGAGAAGAAGAAACGUCAAGAAGAGCGCCAUCGAUUCAAGGUCCUCCACAGUAGAGGAGACCAGAACCAGAACGUUCCUGAAGCUGUCACUUUAGUACCAGCUCUGAACACACUCAGUAUAUAAGCCAAAUAACAAAGAUACCUACUGCUGUUCUCGCUGCUGGUGGCUGACGCUUUCCACUGAGUUUUGCAUAGAAGUCAAAUUUGACGCAGAAAGUCCGAGUGGAUGACUUUCCUACAAACGUUUGAGUGCCUGCAAAACACGUGACAGACUUUGACACUAAGUAUUCUUUUUCUGAUUAGCAUUUUUUUGUGUUUGAAUGUGGCCACAGUUAACAGGUCACAUGACCCCAUCUCUUCCUGUGCUGGACAUGGAGCUUUUUUUUUUUUUUGACCGUUAUUUCACAACAGCUAAGCAAAUGUGUUUUAUUUUGCCACAAAUUGUUUUUCAAAUGGUCAGAUCCUUCUUCCAAAUCGUUGUUCCAUCUAACCAAAGAAAGAAGAACAGGGAGGGAGGAGAGGCAGACAACUAACCUAUCAUGCACCCUGUGUAAAACGAUGUGGCAAUAAAUGUAUUCUUUGUGUGUGCAGCAGAUUAUAUAUUCUGUAUUUUUA